AUGGCGGAAAAGAACGGCAAAAUAGAUAUAACAGAAUUUAAGGAAUAUAUUCGCCAACAGUUUAAAAAGCAGGACAUCUCCACGCAGGCGCGUGAAGCGUUCCGUGUCUUUGACAGAGAUGGAAACGGCUCCAUUGACAGAAAAGAGUUGAAAUAUGCAAUGAAACUUCUCGGCGAGAAACUUAGCGAGACGGACGUCUCUGAGAUGAUCACAGAGGCGGACACCAAUGGCGACGGGAAAAUCAGUUUUGAAGCAUCGACAAAGUCUCUGAUCACGAUCAAUACCUUGGAAUCUGCCAACUUCAAUUUCUAG